AUGAUGUCAUCUGUCUGCAAGAUGUCAGACCCCAAAUAUCGUGUUAAGGGUGACCUUUGGGGAGCCGUGGGUGCCUGCUUGCAGGCAUCUUAGUUUUUCUUGCCCCUUCUGGAGGAUCUGGCUGGGUUGGGCGGGGCACUGUUUACCACAUCCCCUCCCCACCCCUUGCCUGGCCUCAGAUAGACACCGAAGCCUCCGCUGGUGGCCCUGUGUUUCAGUCGCACACAGCUGUCUGCCCACUUCUCCUGUGGUGUGCCUCACGGUCACUUGCUUGUCUGACCGCAAGUCUGCCCAUCCCUGGGGCAGCCAACUGGCCUCAGCCCGUGCCCCAGGCGUGCCCUGUCUCUGUCUGGCUGCCCCAGCCCUACUGUCUUCCUCUGUGUAGGCUCUGCCCAGAUGCCCGGCUGGUCCUCAGCCUCAGGACUAUCUCAGCAGUGACUCCCCUGAUUCUGGACUUGCACCUGACUGAACUCCUGCCCACCUCAAACCUUCACCUCCCACCACCACCACUCCGAGUCCCGCUGUGACUCCCACGCCCAGGAGACCACCCAAGUGCCCCAGCCUAAAGAAUGGCUUUCUGAGAAAGACCCUGAAGGAGUAGGUCUGGGACACAGCAUGCCCCGGGGCCCAGUGGCUGCCUUACUCCUGCUGAUUCUCCAUGGAGCUUGGAGCUGCCUGGACCUCACUUGCUACACUGACUACCUCUGGACCAUCACCUGUGUCCUGGAGACACGGAGCCCCAACCCCAGCAUACUCAGUCUCACCUGGCACUGAGCUCCACUGUCCCCAGCCCCAUGACUGUCUACUCUGUCCCCAAAGGCAAGAUGAAUAUGAGGAACUUCAGGACCAAGAGACCUUCUGCAGCCUACACAGGUCUGGCCACAACACCACACAUAUAUGGUACACGUGCCAUAUGCGCUUGUCUCAAUUCCUGUCCGAUGAAGUUUUCAUUGUCAAUGUGACGGACCAGUCUGGCAACAACUCCCAAGAGUGUGGCAGCUUUGUCCUGGCUGAGAGCAUCAAACCAGCUCCCCCCUUGAACGUGACUGUGGCCUUCUCAGGACGCUAUGAUAUCUCCUGGGACUCAGCUUAUGACGAACCCUCCAACUACGUGCUGAGGGGCAAGCUACAAUAUGAGCUGCAGUAUCGGAACCUCAGAGACCCCUAUGCUGUGAGGCCGGUGACCAAGCUGAUCUCAGUGGACUCAAGAAACGUCUCUCUUCUCCCUGAAGAGUUCCACAAAGAUUCUAGCUACCAGCUGCAGGUGCGGGCAGCGCCUCAGCCAGGCACUUCAUUCAGGGGGACCUGGAGUGAGUGGAGUGACCCCGUCAUCUUUCAGACCCAGGCUGGGGAGCCCGAGGCAGGCUGGGACCCUCACAUGCUGCUGCUCCUGGCUGUCUUGAUCAUUGUCCUGGUUUUCAUGGGUCUGAAGAUCCACCUGCCUUGGAGGCUAUGGAAAAAGAUAUGGGCACCAGUGCCCACCCCUGAGAGUUUCUUCCAGCCCCUGUACAGGGAGCACAGCGGGAACUUCAAGAAAUGGGUUAAUACCCCUUUCACGGCCUCCAGCAUAGAGUUGGUGCCACAGAGUUCCACAACAACAUCAGCCUUACAUCUGUCAUUGUAUCCAGCCAAGGAGAAGAAGUUCCCGGGGCUGCCGGGUCUGGAAGAGCAACUGGAGUGUGAUGGAAUGUCUGAGCCUGGUCACUGGUGCAUAAUCCCCUUGGCAGCUGGCCAAGCGGUCUCAGCCUACAGUGAGGAGAGAGACCGGCCAUAUGGUCUGGUGUCCAUUGACACAGUGACUGUGGGAGAUGCAGAGGGCCUGUGUGUCUGGCCCUGUAGCUGUGAGGAUGAUGGCUAUCCAGCCAUGAACCUGGAUGCUGGCCGAGAGUCUGGCCCUAAUUCAGAGGAUCUGCUCUUGGUCACAGACCCUGCUUUUCUGUCUUGCGGCUGUGUCUCAGGUAGUGGUCUCAGGCUUGGAGGCUCCCCAGGCAGCCUACUGGACAGGUUGAGGCUGUCAUUUGCAAAGGAAGGGGACUGGACAGCAGACCCAACCUGGAGAACUGGGUCCCCAGGAGGGGGCUCUGAGAGUGAAGCAGGUUCCCCCCCUGGUCUGGACAUGGACACAUUUGACAGUGGCUUUGCAGGUUCAGACUGUGGCAGCCCCGUGGAGACUGAUGAAGGACCCCCUCGAAGCUAUCUCCGCCAGUGGGUGGUCAGGACCCCUCCACCUGUGGACAGUGGAGCCCAGAGCAGCUAGCAUAUAAUAACCAGCUAUAGUGAGAAGAGGCCUCUGAGCCUGGCAUUUACAGUGUGAACAUGUAGGGGUGUGUGUGUGUGUGUGUGUGUGUGUGUGUGUGUGUCUUGGGUUGUGUGUUAGCACAUCCAUGUUGGGAUUUGGUCUGUUGCUAUGUAUUGUAAUGCUAAAUUCUCUACCCAAAGUUCUAGGCCUACGAGUGAAUUCUCAUGUUUACAAACUUGCUGUGUAAACCUUGUUCCUUAAUUUAAUACCAUUGGUUAAAUAAAAUUGGCUGCAACCAAUUACUGGAGGGAUUAGAGGUAGGGGGCUUUUGAGUUACCUGUUUGGAGAUGGAGAAGGAGAGAGGAGAGACCAA